AUUUUGUACUAAAAUGGGGAAUCAAACUUCUGAUAAGAUGAAAGCGAGGGUGAGAGGGCAGCAGGAUGUGGUAGAGGAUGUGCGGAAGGUUAAUGAGAAUGUUUUACCUUCAUCCGGCUUGACCAUCACAGCUACAUGUAAUCUUACCGAUAAAGCGCAGAUGUUCUUCUGGCGGUUAAAGAACAAGGUUACAAUUAAUCUAACCUUGAAUUUCGAAAAGCCUAAAGAAGAAGCCAAAGGGAUUCCGGCUCUCAACCUUGGUUUAGACUCUGAAGACUUUACUAUUGUUAAAAGCUUGAGCUUAGUUCAAUUCUAUGAGAUAGCAGAGGAAUUAAUCAUUGCUCUCAAGUAUUUUAAGCUAAGGCAGAAAGAGAGUGAGAUGAUUCAACGUCUAACGGACCUAGAGGAAUUUAACCAAGAGAUUGACAAGCACUGAGUUAUCUGACUAGAGAAUCCAAAUGAUAUCGUCCUAGCAUGUACUCAUGCUUACUGAGACAAAUGAAUUAAAGAAUGGAGGAUGUACCACCGAUCAUGUCCUUUGUGCCGCCAUUCUAUCUACCAAGGUAGCCCUGGUUCACCAGAUGAGAGAUUAGCUGACCAUAACAAAUAUGAAAUUAUUAAUAUUGAAGAGGAGCUUGAAGCCGAGGCUCAGAAUGAUAAAAUCAUGCAAGAGAAAUUGGCCAAAUGAAUUGAUUACCUUCGCAAUGAAAUUUCAUAA